CUUCACAGUUUGGAGCUGGGAGAGGGAGAGAAAGAAAAUGGGAAGGAAGGAAGAUGAUGGUGCAGUGGAGCGAAAGGCUGGAGGAAUGGUGGUAGUGAACCCAAAGCCGCAAGGUAGCAUGAUCUCCAGUGCUAUAGAUUGGUUGGAAUGGAUGAUGGUUAAGAUGAUGCACGAUUCUUCAAAACCGCUUCACUAUCUUUCUGGCAAUUUCGCUCCUGCUCCGGAAGAAACUGCUCCUUGUAAAGACCUUCCGGUCAUCGGCCAGCUUCCUGAAUGCCUCAAUGGUGAGUUUGUCAGAGUUGGUCCCAAUCCAAACUUCACUCCGGUGGCUGGCUACCAUUGGUUUGAUGGAGAUGGAAUGAUUCAUGGCUUGCGCAUCAAAGAUGGAAAAGCAACAUAUGUCUCUCGUUUUGUGAAGACAUCACGUCUGAAGCAAGAACAGUUUUUUGGAGGAGCUAAGUUUAUGAAGAUUGGAGAUCUCAAGGGCUUCUUUGGACUGGUUAUGGUUUACAUGCAAAUGCUAAGAGCAAAGCUGAAAGUAUUAGAUGUUUCCUAUGGAACUGGCACAGCCAAUACAGCUCUAAUUUAUCACCACAGGAAGCUUUUGGCACUUUCAGAGGGCGACAAACCAUACGUCGUUAAGGUUUUGGAGGAUGGAGAUCUACAAACUCUUGGCAUGCUGGAUUAUGAUGAGAGAUUGUCACAUCCCUUUACUGCUCAUCCUAAGAUUGACCCAAUAACGGGAGAGAUGUUUACCUUCGGCUAUUCCACCACUGCACCCUAUCUCACAUACAGAGUUGUAUCAAAGGAUGGAGUAAUGAAUGAACCAGUCCCAAUAACAAUACCGGAACCUGUCAUGAUGCAUGAUUUUGCCAUCACUGAGAAUUAUGCGAUUUUCAUGGAUCUCCCUUUAUAUUUCAGACCAAAGGAAAUGGUUAAAAACAAAGAGUUCAUAUUCAAAUUUGAUAGAACAAAAAAGGCACGCUUUGGAAUCCUGCCACGCUAUGCAAGGAAUGAGACGUUAAUCAAAUGGUUUGAGCUUCCUAACUGCUUCAUAUUUCACAAUGCAAAUGCAUGGGAGGAGGGAGAUGAAGUUGUUCUGAUUACAUGCCGCAUUGAAAAUCUAGAUUUAGACAUGGUUAAUGGAGCUGUCAAAGAUGAUCUUGAGAAUUUUGCAAAUGAGUUAUAUGAAAUGAGGUUUAACAUGAAAAGUUGUCAAGCUUCACAAAAGAAACUGUCUGAUUCUUCUGUUGAUUUUCCAAGGGUGAAUGAGAACUACACUGGGAGGAAACAACGAUAUGUUUACGGGACCAUAUUAAACAACAUUGCAAAGGUCAAAGGGAUUAUCAAAUUUGAUUUGCAUGAUGAACCGCAGACUGGAAAAACACAGCUUGAAGUGGGAGGAAAUGUUCAAGGCAUCUUUGACCUAGGACCUGCCAAAUUUGGUUCUGAGGCUAUUUUCAUUCCUCGCCAGACAAGUAGCACAUGUGAAGAGGAUGAUGGCUACUUGAUAUUCUUUGUACACGAUGAGAACACCGGGAAAUCAGCAGUGGAGGUUAUUGAUGCAAAAACAAUGUCAUCUGAUCCUAUUGCUGUUGUUGAAUUGCCCAAAAGAGUUCCUUAUGGAUUCCAUGCCUUCUUUGUUACUGAGGAACAACUUCAAACCCAAGUAGAAACAUGAGAUUAAAAGUACACCAGAGCAAACUAUUAUGAUUGAAGCAAGCGAGCAUAGAAGUUCUUGUGCCAAGUGUUCUUGUGAAUAACAGCCUAUCACUUGCCACGACUUUAUUUUCAAUCUGUUUCUGAAAUGAACAUUUUAUUUGAAGCCUCUGGUAUUGAAUAAUAAAGAUGGUGUAUACUUGUGAGCAAAUAAAUCAGUUAUACAAUUGGUUCUUGGGUUGAAAAAACUCUAUUUAGACAUUAGGAGCCAAGUAUUGGUUUAUGCAGCUAAAGGUUUAUGACGUGCA